AUGGCUAUUUCGAUAAAAUCAUUACAAUUCGAAGAUGUAGCAAAAAUGACGACAUGCUACACGUUCAGAGUGCUGGGGCUGGCUGAGACAGCAAAUGGGUUAAAGGAACACAAGGCAAAGAUUCACCAGGGCGAUAUUGUCGUUGUUUCCCAUGCGCCAGAGAUGCAUGGAAAGUGGACAGUUGAAGAGGAUAUCUUCGUCGCAACCCUCCGGCUCGGCACGAACCUAACUUGGCGGGAGAUCGAAACCGAAUUCAACAAAAGGUUUCCCCCCGCCACGCCCAAAGACUUGGAAUCAAGAUAUAACAAAGGCUUAAAACCAGGCAGACGCGUUCCAACAGAUAAAAGACGAAUAUCGGACAUCAUCGACGAUUACCGGCACUACGGGCUGGAGGAAGAAAACCCCGCUGCAAAGGAAAUUUUGCAACAGGCAUUGCACAUCUUGGACGAAUAUUCCAUGUGUCGCUUGUGGUAUUAA